CCCUCUGCGAAUUGAGUGCCGCCCUUUCACAUCUCCGUCCCUCGAAGCCUCUCGAAUCGCCGUCAAUUUCGAUUCAUCAACGAUUUCAUUCGCAAUCCCGGAGGAAGGAAACCUAAAGUUGAUCUUGAUCGUUUGCUAUCUCCAGUCGAAUCCUUCGAUCGUCAGAGAAGUUCGUCCGGUCUUGCAGUUUUACUGCCUCUCUUUGUUUUCGAGUCUUCUUGCUCUUCGGUGAUCUUAUGCUUCCUCCGUUUUGAAUGGUCCUUUGGUUUAGGAGCUUUAGGUGCAUCAACUCUUGUCGUUGGCUUGCCAUAAUUGACUGGCAACGAGAAAUCAGCAUUAUUAGAUGGAGGGUUUGGCUGAUCAUUGUGAAUCUCCCAUCUUGGAGCCAAAAAUCAGCCAAGAUGAUGGAACAGAGAAUUCUAUCAAUUGCACUGAAUCGUCUGAUAGAAACUGUGGUAAGCCACAAGAUUUGACAUACACUCCAGACCUUCUUGCUGAUGAAAGACUGGCCAAAGGGCUUUUUCAGUAUGGAUGCCCACAUUAUCGACGAAGGUGUCACAUUAGGGCACCAUGCUGUGGCAAGAUUUUUUAUUGUCGGCAUUGCCACAAUGAGGCCAUGAACUCAAUAGAUGUCGAGAGGAGGCAUAGACAUGAACUUCCACGUCAAGAAGUUCAACAGGUCAUAUGUUCGCUGUGUGGCACUGAGCAAGAGGUGCAGCAAAUUUGCAUAAAUUGUGGUGUUUGUAUGGGAAAAUACUUCUGUGGGACUUGCAAGUUGUUUGAUGAUGAUGUCUCAAAGCAACAAUACCAUUGUAGUGGAUGUGGAAUCUGCAGAAUUGGUGGACAAGAGAACUUUUUUCAUUGCUUCACAUGUGGUUGCUGCUACUCGAUCGUGUUAAAGAACUGCCAUUCAUGUGUGGAAGGAGCAAUGCAUCAUGAUUGUCCUGUUUGUUUCGAGUAUCUGUUUGAAUCCACAAAUGAUAUAAGUGUGCUGCCAUGUGGCCACACCAUUCAUGUAAAUUGCUUGAAGGAAAUGCAACAGCACUUGCAGUUUGCUUGCCCACUUUGCUCCAAGUCUGUAUGUGACAUGUCAGAAGUGUGGGAAAUUUUGGACAUGGAGAUAGCAGCCACACCAAUGCCUGGAUCCUACCACAAUAAAAAGGUUCGCAUCUUAUGCAAUGACUGUGGAGCGAUCUCAGAGGUUCAAUUCCAUGUCGUUGGACAAAAAUGCCUUAAAUGCAAAUCUUAUAACACUCGCCAAACUUAACAUCAGGCAAAAACAAAGGCUUGGAAUCUAGAACGACAAAUGACUGAUCGAGACAACCUUCUUUGAAGUCAAUAAGAGAGGUUGAUUCUUCAGAUGGCUGCGGUAGUAUCCUUCCAUCCAAGCACUUGUUUAGCUGCUGCUUCAGUGAUCCUCCUCCAUUCAAGAGUCGUGGCACACAUUUUAGAGGCUGCUCUGUUGUUUGUUGAUGUAAUUAAAGUGGUGGCGUGAAAGCUAUUAAGUUGAUGACUUUUAUUAUUACUAGGAUGUGAGAUGCUGAACACACAAAUAUGGGCAUUGGAAAUGCAGGUCUCGGAGCUGAAGGAUCCGUCAGGAUCACUGAUUUCAUGCUAGGGAGGGCCGGAUAGGACCCUUGCGUUGAAUUGAUUAGUGACGACUCCCUUGGAUUGUUGACUCA